AUGGGUAAAAUCGAAUGGGCACCAUUAAAUGUGCCCAUGCGGCGACGACUCGAGACUCUAUCCACUGCCCUGUGGAUGUGGUUAAUAUUAUUCGGUGAGCUGGGAAUGCUCAUAUCAUACUUCCUCCUCCUGAUUUAUGGUAACCUAUUUAUUAGAACGCUAUGUGUCAUCUACGGAUAUUUCAUCUACACGGAUCGAAAGAUCACAGUGAACGGAGGACGAGGACAGGGAGUAAAAUGGUGGAGAGAUCUGUUCUGGUGGAAGCUCUACCAGAGCUACUUCCCGGCGAAACUGCACAAGACGGUCGAUCUUGAUCCUAACCGGAACUAUUUAUUUGCCGCCUUUCCUCACGGCGUGCUAGGGUUGGGUGCUUUCAUCAAUUUCGCAACCAAUGCGACCGGUUUCCAUGAAAAGUUUCCCAAAAUUCGUUCCCGUCCAGUGACGUUGAACUUCCACUUCGUAAUACCCUUCUUCCGGGAGAUAUUGCUAAGCUGGGGCCUUGUGUCCGCUAACCCGAACAGCAUUCUGAGUCUGCUGAAGGCAUCGAACAAACCGGACGACCCGUUAAAUGCAGACGGCUACACCUCAAACGCAGUGACAAUUGUUGUGGGUGGUGCAGCCGAAUCCUUGCACUGCCGCCCGAACAACUACACACUCGUGUUGCGCAAGCGGAAGGGAUUCUGUAAGCUCGCUAUCAAGGCUGGUACGCCGAUCGUGCCGGUCAUGACGUUCGGUGAGGUGGAUCUGUUCGACCAGCCACCGAACCCACCCGGUUCGAGGCUGCGCCGGUUCCAAGAGUUCGUCAAAAAUACGACCGGUAUCGCACCGGCCGCGUUCGUUGGACGUGGGUUCUUCCAGUACAGCUACGGAUUGAUUCCUCGUCGGAAGCCCCUGAAUACAGUCGUCGGUGCUCCUAUGGAGGUAACGCAGAUAGACGACCCUACGAACGAGCAGGUAAACGAGGUGCACGAACGAUUCUGCCGCGAGUUGGAUAAUUUGUUCGAAACUAAUAAAUCACGCUUCAUCGCUGAUCACAAGAAUGUGAAGCUUGUGCUGGAAUAA